CCACUUUCGAGGGCUGCUGGGGGAGCCGGCAGCUUCGAAUUCUGGGCCCAAGCAAUUCUGGGCCAAACACUUUUGGCUCUCACGCGCUUUCGAGACCGCACCGAGCGGUAUCGUGCUCCAGGGCUCCACCAACGUCAGGCACACGGGUCCUGCUGCGAAGAUCGUCGCAGUCGCCGCGCUGGCCCUCGCCAGGGCCACGGAGGUGUGAUUACUUGCCGAUCUGGGCGCAACGUGCACACAAGCUUGUGAAGAAGCGUCUUUGACUUGUGUCGACCAAGACUGGGACACGGAGUCAAUAUCCCAGAAAGAUGUGGCCAGGUUGAUCUGCGUCGACAGUGACUCAUGGACUUCAUCCAACCCACUUGCUCCCAUGAUAAUGUCAGACGGUGCUUGCUUUGAGGCCGUACAGUAUAUGACAAAACCAUGUGAUCGAGACGCCGGAGGAAGUGCGCAACACUUCUGCAAGUGCGAGGGCGACGGCGCCGUUCAGACCCCGUGCCCCGGCUCGAACGCCGGCUCCGUCGCGGCCUCCGUGGGCCCCGGCUCCCUCGCCGGCUCCGUCGCGGGUCCCGCGGCGGCGGCGGCGUGCGAGCCCCGGGCCAGUGGCUGCGGGAUCGAGUGCACGGAGAGCGACUUCCGAGCAGCGCGCGGCGGCACAUCGUGCUGCGAGCUCUUCCAGCGAGGCCCUCGUGGCUCUCUGCAAUGACGGCCGCAGCUCGGACCCCAGCGCGGGUGUCAGCUGCAGCGCGGUCCAGAAUUCGAUUGCGCACCAGUGCAGCUCGUGCGCGGCGCGCGAGGCCAGGGCGGAGGGGGGCGGUGCGAGGCUCCUGACGGACGGCCGAGCGUCGGCCGGGCGGGGGUCCUCGAGGGCCGCGGCAGCGGCCGCCCUCGCGGCCCUCGGAGCAGCUGCUGUCGCUGUGCUCGGAGUGGCCGCGGUGGCGCUCAGGCGCUGGGGCGCGGUCCAGGCGCCGGCCGACGCGGGCGAGGGUCAGGAUGACGAGUUCGUGCCCGUGAAAGCCCCAGGGUCAAGUUCGCCCGCGGAGUGCUGACCCGCCCGUGCUAUUUGGACGACGGCUGCCCAAGGCGGCCCAGCUUUAGAGCAGGUUCAGAUGGGCUCGAUUUAGAAAGGAGACCCACCUUCUGCAGGCCCACAGUAACCUGGGGCUCCCUUUCACAUUAACUUGAGUUUGAUGUUCUGCUGGUCGCGGUGAGCGUCGCUGCGUUGCUCCAAUUUUCUAUCCAAUUUAUUUUAAGUUCAGCUGCAUGCGAAGAAGCUUCGCUCCAUUUAAUUUUUCAGCUUGAGCUUGAACUUCCGCUGAAAGCGCGGAAGCUUCGCUCCAUUGCCAUAAGGGCCCCUCAGCCCCCUGCCGCGCCACCCGCGGUGGCUGGUCACGGUCGCUCCAAAGUAGAAGCACCUCCACCAGCAUCGGCCGGUUUUGAGAGAGAAUGUGCUAAUCAAUUUAGCUGUGCCUUUCUUCGGACGAUGCGGGGUGGCAGCACGCACGAUGACCCAGACACAUUACAGACGCUGUGCAAAAUUCUUCAGAAUGGCGUGAGGC